GCCCAGUGAGUAGUGUAUGGUGAGAAACUUGUUGUGCAGAGACACUCUGACAGAGAGAGAAGCAAAGGAGAGAGUGAGGGAGAGGACAAUGGUUAAAAUGGCUGUUUUGGGACUGCUUGGGUCCCUUUUAUAUCUGCUAACAGGUGUCAGUGGAGAAACUCUCUCUAUGUUCUCCAGAGUGGGAGAUGAUGUCAGUCUGCCGUGUAACAAUGUGGUUAAUCCAGACUGCUCCUCAACUACAUGGCUCUUCAACAGAGAUAGAACUGCCACUGAACGAGUCAGUCUAGGGAAGGUGAUAAAACAACCACAACUGAACAACAUGGCUGACAGACUGAGUGUGGGGUCUGACUGUUCUCUACGUGUUAGUGAUGUCAGAGCUGAGGAUGCUGGAUUCUACAUCUGUGAACAAUACCUUACAGAGACUGGACUACAACAUGGAGAGGAUGCUCAUGUUCUUCUGUCUAUUCUAACUAGAAGUACAGCCUCUACUGCAAGACCAGCCUUGUCAACCCCAUCUUCUGCUGGUACCAGUAAUACUGUUAAGUUGCCCAUCAGUCACAUCAUGCUCUUUGUGACACUGACCAUCAUGGCUGCCAUAGUCACUAUUCACACAAGGAGGAACCGCCCACCCAAGGCUCUGCCCCCACAAGCAGAAGAAGCCUCUGGUAUUGAGGUUCAUGUCCUGGAGGAAUGACCCCUUGUUCCUCUUCUCCCUGUACUGGACUAAGACUUUCAAACUGUCUGGAGCUUUAUUGAUUCAGAAACAGAGGACAUUAUAAAUGUUUUUAAAGUUGAUGUUUAUAUAUUUUAGUGCAUAGAGUGGAAGAUGUAUUAAUUCGUAGUUGUGUUCUUAUAUUAUAGUAUCUCUUUAUACACCUUUAUGUAGUAGCGAUUCAAAUAUCAGCAAACCUUGGCUGAUGUGUUUAAUUUUUUCUGUCCAUUGUUAAUGACGUUAGCAUGGAGAAAUUCCUUGGUAUUGUUUAAUUAAUCAUUUGUGUCCUAAGCAGACUUAAACUGAGCACAAUGCUUCUUCUAAAAUGUAUAUUAAUUACUAAAACUGUUUUUAAAUAAACUAAUAAAAAUACAGUAUUUCAAACUGCUACAGGUGUUUUUCAGGCUACCCUUCCACAAUGUCAGGUAAAGCAUGAAUACAUUGACCUUAUUUCAUUUACAACCUUCUUCUAGUCAGCAGCA